AUGGCUUCAGACGCUGAAAUGGCAGUUUUCGGGCCAGCUGCUUCCUUUCUUCGAAAGUCAGAAAAGGAAAGACUUGAGGCCCAAAAUAAGCCCUUUGAUGCUAAGAAUUCAGUUUUUGUGGUGGAUCCUAAGAUCUCUUAUAUCAAAAGCACUGUCCAGAGCAGGGAAGGAGGGAAAGUCACAGUCAAGACUGAAAAUGGAGAAACUGUGACUGUGAAAGAAGAUCAAGUCUUUUCCAUGAAUCCUCCCAAAUAUGACAAAAUUGAGGACAUGGCCAUGAUGACUCAUCUCCAUGAACCUGCUGUCUUGUAUAACCUCAAAGAGCGUUAUGCCGCCUGGAUGAUCUACACCUACUCAGGUCUCUUCUGUGUCACUGUCAACCCUUACAAGUGGCUUCCAGUAUACAAUCCAGAAGUGGUGACUGCCUACAGAGGCAAAAAGCGUCAAGAGGCCCCUCCCCACAUCUUCUCCAUCUCUGACAAUGCGUAUCAGUCUAUGUUAACUGAUCGUGAGAAUCAGUCAAUCCUGAUCACUGGAGAAUCUGGUGCUGGAAAGACUGUGAACACAAAACGUGUGAUUCAGUACUUUGCGACAGUUGCAGCUGCUACUGACAAGAAAAAGGAAGAACCAGCCCAACAAGGCAAAAUGCAGGGCACCCUUGAAGAUCAAAUCAUUAGUGCCAACCCUUUACUGGAGGCUUUUGGAAAUGCUAAAACUGUUAGGAAUGACAAUUCUUCACGUUUUGGCAAAUUCAUCAGAAUCCAUUUUGGUGCCACAGGCAAGCUGGCUUCUGCUGACAUUGAGACAUAUCUGCUGGAGAAGUCUAGAGUUACUUUCCAGCUAAAAGCUGAAAGGAGCUACCACAUCUUUUAUCAGAUCAUGUCCAACAAGAAGCCUGAGCUGAUUGAGAUGCUCCUGAUCAGCACAAACCCCUAUGACUUUCUGUUUGUAAGCCAAGGAGAAAUCAGUGUUGCCAGCAUAGAUGAUCAAGAAGAGCUGAUGGCUACGGAUAGCGCCAUUGACAUCCUAGGCUUCAACGCUGAAGAAAAGACAGCCAUUUACAAGCUAACGGGAGCCGUCAUGCACUACGGGAACAUGAAGUUCAAGCAGAAGCAGCGAGAGGAGCAGGCAGAGCCGGACGGCACUGAAGUGGCAGACAAGGCUGCCUACCUCAUGAACCUCAACUCAGCAGAUUUGCUGAAAGCUCUGUGCUACCCCCGAGUCAAAGUUGGCAAUGAAUUUGUCACCAAAGGCCAAACUGUCCAGCAGGUAUAUAAUAGCGUUGGUGCUUUGGCUAAGGCUGUUUUUGAGAAGAUGUUUCUGUGGAUGGUUGUUCGUAUCAACCAGCAGUUGGACACCAAACAACCUAGACAGCAUUUCAUAGGAGUGUUGGACAUUGCUGGCUUUGAGAUAUUUGAUUUUAACAGCUUGGAGCAGCUGUGCAUCAACUUCACUAAUGAGAAACUGCAACAGUUUUUCAACCACCACAUGUUUGUACUGGAGCAAGAAGAGUACAAGAAAGAAGGAAUUGAAUGGGAGUUCAUUGACUUUGGAAUGGACCUGGCUGCCUGCAUUGAACUCAUUGAGAAGCCCAUGGGCAUUUUCUCCAUCCUGGAAGAAGAGUGCAUGUUCCCCAAGGCCACAGACAUGUCUUUCAAGAACAAGCUCUAUGACCAGCACCUUGGCAAAUGCAAGAACUUUGAAAAGCCUAAGCCAGGGAAAGGCAAAGCAGAAGCUCAUUUCUCCCUGGUGCACUAUGCUGGCACUGUGGACUACAACAUUACAGGCUGGCUGGAAAAAAACAAGGAUCCAUUGAAUGAAAGUGUCAUUCAACUGUUCCAGAAAUCCUCCAUGAAGACAUUGGCAUUACUCUUUAUGGAUCGCCCUGCAGAUGUUGAGGGUGGUGGCAAGAAAGGUGGAAAGAAGAAGGGUUCUUCUUUCCAGACUGUAUCUGCUCUCUUUAGGGAGAACUUAAACAAGCUAAUGACCAAUCUGAAGAGCACUCACCCUCAUUUCGUGCGCUGCCUCAUCCCCAAUGAAACUAAAACUCCUGGUGCCAUGGAACAUGAGCUUGUCUUGCACCAACUGAGGUGUAAUGGUGUGCUGGAAGGCAUCAGAAUUUGCAGAAAGGGAUUCCCUAGUAGGAUCAUUUAUGGUGACUUCAAACAGAGAUACAGAAUAUUAAAUGCAAGUGCUAUCCCAGAGGGACAGUUCAUUGACAGCAAGAAGGCUUCUGAGAAACUUCUUGGAUCCAUUGACGUGGACCACACUCAAUAUAAGUUUGGCCAUACCAAGGUGUUCUUCAAAGCUGGCCUUCUGGGUCUUCUGGAGGAGAUGAGAGAUGAGAAGUUGGCUCAGCUUAUUACACGUACCCAAGCUGUGUGUCGUGGCUUUCUGAUGAGAGUGGAGUUCAAGAAAAUGAUGGAAAGGAGAGAAUCCAUCUUCACUCUUCAGUACAAUAUUCGUUCAUUCAUGAAUGUGAAGCACUGGCCUUGGAUGAAAUUAUACUUCAAGAUCAAGCCCCUGCUGAAGAGUGCUGAGUCAGAGAAAGAAAUGGCCAACAUGAAGGAAGAGUUUGAGAAAACAAAGGAAGAACUUGCAAAAUCAGAAGCAAAACGGAAGGAACUGGAAGAAAAAAUGGUGACCCUGAUGCAGGAAAAAAAUGACUUGCAGCUCCAAGUCCAAUCUGAAGCUGAUGGCUUGGCAGAUGCUGAGGAGAGAUGUGACCAGCUAAUCAAAACCAAAAUCCAACUGGAAGCUAAAAUUAAGGAGCUGACUGAGCGGGCUGAAGAUGAAGAAGAAAUGAAUGCUGAGUUGACAGCCAAGAAGAGGAAACUGGAGGACGAAUGCUCAGAAUUGAAGAAAGACAUUGAUGCUCGCAUUGAGGAAUUUGAAAGGGCGAUCCAGGCCGAGCGGGCAUCUCGCGCCAAAGCAGAGAAACAGCGGGCUGAUCUCUCCAGGGAACUUGAAGAGAUCAGUGAGCGUCUGGAGGAAGCUGGUGGGGCAACCGUAGCUCAGAUUGAGAUGAACAAGAAACGUGAGGCAGAAUUCCAGAAAAUGCGCCGGGACCUUGAAGAGGCCACAUUGCAGCAUGAAGCCACUGCAGCCGCCCUCCGCAAGAAGCACGCAGACAGUGCGGCUGAACUUGGGGAACAAAUUGAUAACCUGCAGCGUGUGAAGCAGAAGCUGGAGAAGGAGAAGAGUGAACUGAAGAUGGAGAUGGAUGAUCUUGCCAGCAAUAUGGAAUCUGUCUCCAAAACCAAGUCAACUCUUGAGAAAUUAUCCCGCUCCUUGGAAGAUCAGCUGAGUGAGAUUAAAGCAAAGGAAGAAGAGCAGCAGCGUACAAUUAAUGACCUUACUACUCAGAAAGCUCGCCUGCAGACAGAAGCAGGUGAAUUUGCCCGCCAAGUGGAAGAAAAAGACUCUCUGAUUUCCCAGCUCUCGAGAGGCAAACAAGGUUUCACCCAGCAGAUUGAAGAAUUGAAGAGGCAACUUGAAGAGGAAAUAAAGGCUAAAAAUGCACUGGCUCAUGGCUUGCAAUCUGCUCGUCAUGACUGUGAUUUACUCCGGGAACAAUUUGAGGAAGAGCAGGAAGCCAAGGCCGAGCUGCAGCGGGCCAUGUCCAAAGCCAACAGUGAGGUGGCCCAGUGGAGAACCAAAUAUGAGACUGAUGCCAUUCAGCGCACUGAAGAGUUAGAGGAGGCCAAGAAGAAGCUUGCUCAGCGUCUGCAGGAAGCUGAAGAACAUGUAGAAGCUGUGAAUUCCAAAUGUGCUUCUCUGGAGAAGACAAAGCAGAGGUUGCAGAAUGAAGUGGAGGACCUGAUGAUUGAUGUGGAAAGGUCCAAUGCAGCUUGUGCAGCUCUGGAUAAGAAGCAGAAGAACUUUGAUAAGAUUCUGGCAGACUGGAAACAGAAAUAUGAGGAAGCUCAGUCUGAGCUGGAAGCUUCCCAGAAGGAGUCUCGGUCUCUCAGCACAGAGCUCUUCAAGAUGAAGAACGCGUAUGAAGAAUCCUUGGAUCACUUAGAAACUCUGAAACGUGAGAACAAGAAUCUCCACCAGGAGAUAUCUGACCUAACGGAACAGAUUGCCGAGGGAGGAAAGGCCAUCCAUGAACUGGAAAAAGUGAAGAAACAGAUUGAACAAGAGAAAUGUGAACUCCAGGCCUCCCUAGAGGAGGCUGAGGCCUCACUGGAACAUGAAGAGGGCAAACUCCUCCGCGUCCAAAUGGAGCUCAACCAGGUGAAAUCGGAUAUUGACAGAAGAAUUGCAGAGAAGGAUGAAGAUAUUGAUCAGCUGAAAAGGAAUCACCUGAGAGUGGUCGAGUCCAUGCAGAGCACAUUGGAUGCUGAGAUUAGGAGCAGGAAUGAUGCCCUGCGGCUUAAGAAGAAGAUGGAAGGAGAUCUGAAUGAGAUGGAGAUCCAGCUGAGCCAUGUCAACCGUCAAGCUGCUGAAGCCCUAAAGAACCUCAGGAACACACAAGGACUGCUCAAGGACACACAACUGCAUUUAGAUGAUGCUUUGAGAAGCCAGGAAGAUUUGAAGGAACAAGUAUCCAUGAUUGAGCGCAGAGCAAACCUGAUGCAGGCUGAGAUUGAAGAGCUCCGGGCAGCUCUGGAACAGACAGAGAGGGCCAGAAAAGUGGCUGAACAGGAGCUUCUGGAUGCCAGUGAACGUGUGCAGCUUCUCCACACACAGAACACCAGCCUGAUCAACACCAAGAAGAAGCUGGAAACAGAUAUUGCCCAGAUCCAGGGUGAAAUGGAGGAGACUAUUCAGGAGGCACGCAACGCUGAAGAGAAGGCCAAGAAAUCCAUCACUGAUGCAGCCAUGAUGGCAGAAGAACUUAAGAAAGAACAAGACACCAGUGCCCAUCUAGAGAGGAUGAAGAAGAACCUAGAACAGACUGUAAAGGAUCUGCAGCACCGUCUUGAUGAGGCAGAACAAUUGGCAAUGAAGGGAGGCAAGAAGCAGCUUCAGAAAUUAGAGCAAAGAGUACGUGAACUCGAAGCGGAAGUUGAGAAUGAGCAAAAGCGCAAUGCUGACGCUAUCAAGGGUGUACGCAAAUAUGAGAGACGAGUGAAGGAGCUGACUUACCAGUCUGAGGAAGACCGGAAGAAUGUUCUGAGGCUCCAGGAUCUGGUGGACAAGUUGCAAACGAAAGUGAAGGCAUACAAGAGGCAAUUUGAAGAAGCUGAGGAACAAUCCAAUCUCAACCUCAGCAAAUUCCGCAAAAUUCAGCAUGAGCUGGAAGAAGCUGAAGAAAGGGCUGAUAUUGCAGAAUCACAAGUCAACAAACUGAGAGUGAAGUCUCGAGAAGUUGGAAAACAGACAUCAAGUGAAGAAUAA